UUCUUCCCUCGGUGUGGCCAAUCCGCCAGCCUCGCAAAAUGAUUCCCCCUUCCUUGUUGGAUAUUUUUUACACCUCAAAGUCCAGAGCUCUGGAAACUUCCUGACCUCUCGUCGUGAUUACAGAUUUUCCCGUCGAGACAAAUCGGGCACAACAACCGCCUUUCUCGAAUCCAAUCCUCCUAUAAAUGGCGCGGUGGAAACGCAGCUUCAUGUCCGUCGCUGAAUUGGCGCAUACGGGAAACAUCCUCGGUCGCAGCUCCCGCUCUACCAGCCUCUCCUAGCUCGUGCUCCGCCUCCGCCUGGCGCCCAUGAACUUUGCCCGCCACGGCGUCCUCACCAAGCUCGGCUUCGCGACGCUGACCUGCAACUCAGCGCUCGCCAUCUACCGGUCGUGGGACGACCCGCGCGCCGUCGCGUUCGUCGCCGGCGCGUACGGGGCCAUCGCGCUGCUCUUCCACCUCCUCCGCGGGUUCGAGGAAGGGGGCAGGGGCAGGACGACCAGGGCCGCGGUGUGGGCGCUGACGACGCUGCUCACAGCGAUGUUCGCGUCGUGGGUGGCCCCGCUGAUGCCGCCGGCCGUCGCCGCCCUGGUCUGGAUCAUGGCUGCCGGAACCGCCGGCGCGGGGUUCUGGGCCUUGUUCAUCCACCGGUGAGGAAGCGUCGGCGCGGAUGCUUCGUUCCUCGCUCGUGCUAAGCGGAGCAGUGGAUCGAUCCCAGCCCAGCAUGGAAUGAAAUGGAUGGAACCGACUCUCAAUAAUAUGUCUGACUGUAGCGAAACAUUACUGUUAAUUUUGAGGUUCAGGUUGCUUGCUGCAACUAACUGCGGUUGUGACUACGGAAACAUUUUGAAAACUUUGUUUGAGCAUGCAAACUGCCGUUGUACGUGCAAGUAGUGUGUAAUCGAGCUGUCUACAGAAGCCCUAGUGUAUUACUUA